ACAUUAUUUUCAAGGAGACGGAUUAUGAAUCAAAUUAUCCAUCUCAUAUAAAGAGGAGGCGGACGACAGACAAAAGCAGUCAAAGAAAAGAUAUCAGUCAUGUUAGUGACAAUUCUGCCAUUCUGUCUAGCUGCAAACGUCGCUAUCGACGAUCAACAAUCCAAAUGGGCGAUGUACGGUCCGGAAUGCACAUACGACGUUCUCGUAAAUAUGUCCCUAGCCAACAUUGUUCACGAGAACGAUAAUUUCUGCUCCAUGAUUGCCACCGAGCUCAAGUGUCGGCCCAAGGGACACGAUACUCUUAAUUGUCACUUCCAGAACUCCCGAAUCAAACGUCCUGACCCGAAGGACAAUAGAUGUUCAAACGCGAGAGACUUUGUGCCCACAAGAUACAAAUUUGUGAGCGAAGAACCCUUUGAAAUCAGAUUUAAUUCGAGAGGUAUCGAAAACCUAGUGGUCUACAGAACGAUUCCCAGAUGGAGACUCGACAUGAUUAAGGUCAUAGUCAGUCAGCUGAAUAUCGGAUUCGAGAUGCAAGAACGUCGCAACAGGUUUACCAUAAUGGAAAAUUCGACGGUGGGUCAUUGCCAGGUUGAUGUUAAAAUUACCCGCGGAGGUCAUGAUUUUGAGGAAGAUUCUGCUGAGGAAAAUGACAAUUUCGAGAUCGGAUUUCUGUCGAGUGAUGAAUUUGCACAUCCUAUGGUUGAAAGACUUCGAGUGGAAAAAACGCGACAACCAAAAAAAUGUCCAAGAAGAACAAUAUAUUUUUUCGGGAAUUAUAAGGAUUACAGUCGUGGUGGAGAACUUUACAUGGAUAUGACUACUUCCGCAAGCCUCAUUACAAUCUCAAAGGACAAAUUCGUAUCCUAUACGAUAUCGGAAGGUAUAAUGAGAACAGCAAACAAAUCGCGAAUUAUGCGACCUCAUCAGAAUAUAAGUCUAAAGCUGAAGCGAAUAGAUUUUGCCCAAUCUUUAAUGCCAGAGAUUCCAAAUCCUGCCUCAACGAGUCUAUUCGCCUUUUCAAAUUUGGAAAUCAUUCCGGAAGACAUAAAAAAUUUGUCAUAUUAGAAAUAGCUACAAUAAGCUACUAAUCAGUUAUUAAUAAAUAACAUAUUAUAAUAAUA